AUGAUUAGUACAAUUUAUACAGUCCAUCAUAUUUUUUGUGCAUAUGAUGUACAACAAGCUCGAUGUAUUGCUUGUGCAUUGGUCAACAAUGUUAGAAAUAAUUCAGGUCUCUAUAUAAUGUUAUUUGGUGUACAAAAAUCAAAUCAAGGUCAUGGUAUAGGUACACAAUUAUUGGCAGCAAUCAUUCAAUGGGCACGUCAAACUGGAUAUACAUUUAUAUAUUUACAUGUACACAUUGAGAAUUAUAAAGCAAUGGCUUUAUAUGAAAAAGCUGGCUUUCGAAAAACUCAAUAUGUACCAAAUUAUUAUGGGCAUCUACCGAAAAAUCCACCACAUGCUUUUCGAAUGGACUUACUACUAUGA